CUAAGUUUUAUUAAUAAAAUUCUUACGUUUUAUCUCGUUCUUAUUUAAGACUUAUACAAAUACAACGCCUCCUCUCAGCGUAUAUUCCAGAUGAUACUGUCACAUCAGAUGACCUUUCCGCGUGGAUGUCAAAAGAUGGCUCAUGGGGCACGACUAUUCGAAAGCAAUCUAAUAAAAAAAGAAAACGUGGCCGAUUGAUCAAUGUUGUCAAAAAAGUUUACAGAGAUUUUACUUGGGAUGAUCUUUCAAAUAUUCAGGAAUAUAGAUCACUGGUCAGAUCGUCAAUGGCCACCAAAUGUACUGUUGGUUACGUACGAAAAUCAAAUACCCAUGAACCUGACACAACCAAAAAAAAAAAAAGCUAGUAAAUCUCCAAAUCUACAAGAUGAAGACGAAGCUCUUAUGUGAAGAUGUAUUUGUGUCUUACAGCACUUCUGCCUACGACCCAACUGCCGAACGGGAUGCAACAACUCCACCAUAUGCUUUCGACGAUUGCUCUGGUAAUACACUAGAUUUAAUCGCCAAGAUCACAAAAUCCGCUCGACAAAUUCGCCUUGUGGUAAUCGACUAUGCCGGAUUGUCAACAAAUCCCGAUGAUAUCAAGUUAUUCAUAUCUUUGAAUAAGUCCAUACGAGAAGUGGUAGUGGAUAUUAGUCAUAAGGUUGAAAUAUAUUCUCGUCACGACAUCCUUAAAAAUAUCAAGGUCAUCAAGAAAUUUCGAUGUCGUAGACCAUGUAUAAAACGAUCACAAUAGUUUAGUGUAUAUAAUAAAACAAAUAAUAUUACCCCUUUAUCUCUUCUAAGCUAGCAUAUAUCAAUCAAUUUUUUUUUUCGGAGGUUGG